GAAGUGUUGAUAACACUGCUUACCACGCAAAUAAUUCAAUUUUCAAAAAUCAUUUUACUUUGAUAGACCGUUUAUAAUUAUGAAAAACAGUGAAUAUAAUGUAUAACAGAAUAUAUAAUACGUUAAUUGUUGUAGGCUUUGUUUUAGUACAAUAUAAAGUUUUAGGCACCAUACAUCGAGUGGUAGGAGGUUACGACGCCCCUAUAGAAUUCGGAAAAUUUCACGCUUCACUUCAGAAUUUGACUGGCCACCAUGUAUGUGGCAGUGCAGUUGUUUCAAAAUCACAUGUUGUCACUGCUGCACACUGUGUGCUAGGUGCUGAACCUCAAUACAUUAAAGUUGUUGUUGGUACUAACAAUUUAGAUAAAGGAGGACUACAAUACAACGCCGAGGCUAUAAAUAUUAAUGAGGGGUAUGAUGGUACUUCGAGAGUUAAUGAUAUAGCUAUAGUUAAAAUAACUGGUUCUUUUGAUUUACAACAUGUUACCAUUCUUGAUUUGGAUAAUAAUGAAUUGUCAGAAGGCGAUCCUGUAAUUCUGACGGGAUUUGGAGCGCAAGAGCCUAAUGGAGAAUCCAGUCGUCAAAUGUACGCGCUCAAUUUAACAGUAUUCUGUCAGGAAACUUGUCGAUACGCAAUGCGCUAUUCAAAGGAGGUCGUCGACAGCAUGUUCUGCACUUUUACACAAAUUGGUCAAGGAACUUGUCAUGGAGAUUCUGGAGGCCCACUUAUCAAAGAUAACAAACUUGUAGGCUUAGUUUCAUGGGGGAUUCCUUGUGCUGUUGGAUUUCCUGAUGUGCAUACCAGGAUCUCACAUUACACAGAAUGGAUAAAAGAAGAAACGAAACAUUAUUUACCUACACAGUUAUCCAGAUUUAAUUUAUAGCAGUGCAAACUGGUCCAUGUAUAUGUAAAAUCCUGUACUCUGGCAUAUAAAAAUGGACGCCAUUCAUUUAAAUCCUUACAUAAAAAGUUCUAUAUUUCUGUA